CGAAAACAUCCAUCUCGACAUCCACAAAAAAAACAACUCACGAGUCACAAUGUCCAGAGCAUCCCAACCAGAGCUUAAAAAAUUCAUGGACCGCCGUCUCUUCCUUCACCUCCAAGGCGGUCGUCAGAUCUCCGGUGUUCUGAGAGGCUACGACAUGUUCUUGAACUUGGUCGUGGACAGUGCGUUUGAGGAGCUUGGUGGAGGACAAAGGAAGCCUUGUGGCAUGGUGGUCAUCCGAGGAAACUCUGUAUCCGCCAUGGAACUAUUAGAUAAUCAACGUGUCUAAUCCUCCCUCCCAUCCAAUUACCUCCCUAUCAGCCAUACUUUUACUCUUUCUUCAGCUACUUUCGGCACGACUCGACAGACGGUCACCUAAUGUUUGAUUGGGGUAAGGAAGAGGGAUGGAUGUUGGGUUAGAGAGGAAGGAUGAGGACUGGAAGAAAAGAUGUAGGAGAUAACAAGGAAAGGGAGAUGUGUGUAGGAUACUGUGACGAAACGGGUACUGCACUUGUGGAUGAGGAGCAGGUAGCGUUUCUUCAUUUUUUUUUGUUUACAGAAACAACUUAUGAUACUUUGCAUAUCGAGCGAAAGAGGAGAGGCGUACAGCGUACGCGCUUGGAGCUUCACCAGAAGCACCACUUUUCAUUGAGAACAUCUCCUGACCGGCCAGCAUUAAAGUGCUCGACUUUUCUUUCUUGAUAAAUCUUGAGAAGGUGCACUCACUAAUAUCCUAGAGGAAUUGCUUAGAAAUUACAACAGUCAGACAUAAGUGCGCGUGCCUUAUAUCACAGAGAAAUGGGCUAUUAAGAGGACAGUCAGGAAGACAGAGAACAAGAUAUCCGACGUCAUAAAAUAGCAAAUCCGAGUCAAGAUAUGUGCGCAUCAUGAUAUCGAAGCCUUCUGUAGAUUAAAGAAGCCAUUGUGGCUGACCACCGGUACAUCACGUUUAGUGCGAUAAAUCUACAUCAUG